CAAAGCCCCUGGAAUGUUCAGCCCCUGGGUAUCACAUCCAUGGACCUUCAUUCAACCCCCUCGUGGGGCUUCUCCAGCAGCCUGGACCAGCUUCAGCUUGAUCACAGCUCUGAGAUCCUGGGACCUUUUGGGUGAUUCACUGACACGAGAGGUACAAGGACUGCAGAGAUCAAGAGAAAGUUGCCCAGAAGCAAGUUAGAUGCUCCUGGAUGGUUUGGAGCAGAUGUUGCUGCCUGCCCCACACUGCGCUGAGAUCUCGGCCUCUGAGCACAUGGAUCUUGGAAUUGUUGCAGAGAAUGAGAAGGUGAGUGCUGUGACAAAGCAUGUGCAGCACCUUGCUAAUGAAAAAUGUGAGUGUGAAGGUCUGCAGCCCCUUCCCGGGUGAUGGAAGAGGCUCUGCCAAGGAAAUCCUCACCACAGGAGGAAAAUGGCAGCUGAAAAUCCCAUCUAGAAUCUGUUCAGGCUCUGAAAAGCUGAGCUCUUCCAGCAGCAUGUGGUGGGCGAGUGGCAGGGGGAGGAGGGCUCGGCUGGCACCCGCUGUGGGAGCUGCUCUGUGUCUCCAGGUGCAGCUGCAGGAUGGGAACGAUGGGAGGUACCAGCUUGGAGACUCCCAGGAGGGGAUGGGGAAGCUGGCUAGCUCCAAGACAGAUUUCCCAGCCAGGGUGCUCUUCAGUGAAGAGGAAAAACUGAAGAUUUCCAAGGACCUCGUCGAUCUCCAGAUAGAGACCAACAAAAUGAAGGAGCAGUACGAGACGGAGAACUUUGAACUGAAAAAUAUGAUCCUGGCCCUGGAGAGCCGGUUGCGGGAGCUGGAGCUGUGCAGUGAGAAGGUGACGGGGGAGCGAGAUUCCCUGCGGGAGCGCCUGCGAGCCCUGGAGAGCGCUCGGAAGGAGCUGGCACAGGAGUACAUCAUUCUGAAAAGCAACUACCUGGCCCUUGGGAAAGAGCUGGACCAGGAGGUCAGGAGGAAUGAAGAGCUCACCCAAGAGCUCCUCAAGCUGGCCAAAGGCAGGAACACCCUUCCUGGCACAGAGAGCACCCACCCGCCUGCCACGGCCCAUCAAUCCUCUGCAGAGCUGGAAAGAGUGAGGGGGAAGGUAAGGAACUCUCUGCCCUUCCACCAGCUCCUUGGACAACAAGGAUCUGACAGGCCCUUCUGUGUCUCCUAAAACCAGCCUGAAGAUGUAGUUGCCUCUGGACACGAGCGGCAGGAGCUGGAGAGAAAUUUGCUUGGAAACCAGGAUCACAUAAAAGUGGAGCUUGAAAAACUGAAGAAAACCCACGACUGGCAGCAGAAGCUGGAGGAGCGAGUGCUGGGGCUGGGGAAGGAGCUGCAGGAGGCAAAGGGAGCGAUCGGGGACACGCAGCGCAGGCUGGUGGAGCAGUCAGCGGUGCUGCUCACGUCCCAGAGCCAGCUGCAGGAGGUGGAGGCAGAGAACUCCCGGCUGCAGCUCCGGCUGAAGGAGCUGAACGAGGAAUAUCGCUCCCGGCUGGCGCGGUACAUCAGGGACGUGGCGAACUACAUGGACAGCAAAUCCAGCCACGUGACAGGACACAGCAAAACCCCAGCUGAUCAUGCUGCCAUGAAGCACUUUGUGGACAACAUGCUGAAGGACAUCCGGGCUUCCUACAAGUCUCGGGAGGAGCAGCUGGCACGGGCAGCACGGGGGUACAAGAAACGCAUGAAGGACCUGGUGAAGAAGCACGAGAACCUGCUGAUUGCCUAUGGGCUCCAGCGAGAGCAGAUCCGGUCCCUGGGGAGCAGUGCUAUGGACUGUGGCCCUGCUGAGCUCCACUUCUCCAUCUCAGACCCAGAGCUGCUCACAAACACCACCCGGGAGCUGAACCGGCUGCGGGAGGAGAAGGCAAAGCUGGAGAUGCAGCUCCAGGAACUGCAAAAGAAAAGACUGAAAGAAGCCUCUGCCUUUCCACUGCCUCCAGAGCAGCAGCUGGAUGAGGAGGGCUGGGCAGAGGUCAGGAAGCAGCUCCAGGAAUUCACACACAACACCCAGGAGGAUCUGGAGCAGGAGAGGGGCCAGCUGCUGACUCGGGCUGUCGUGGCAGAGGAGCAGGUGUUGGAGCUGCAGGAGUACAUAGAUCAGCAUCUUGCCAGGUACAAGCAGGAGAUCCUGCGGCUCAGGAACGCUGAGGGCAGCGAGGGGCCACGUGUGCUCGGUGCCAGGGCAGCUGCUGCUCCCCCCCUGCCCAGAGCCAGCACUGUCAGCCAUGAUCCAUAGCACUCCGUGAGGAGCAGCACCAGCACAGGGAAGAGCAGGAUUCAAAGCAGGAGGUUUGUGUUCCAUGGACUGCCAGGCCGGGAGCUGGGAGCAGCGAGGGGGAGCACGUGGGUGUUCCCCGUCUCGAGUUCACAGGACUAAAAUGAGACAAGGCAACUGUGUCUCGUCUUUCCCCGUCUGUCCCCGGGCUGCAGGAAUUCUGCUGUUCCCUGAGCACAUCACGGACACGGGGUCAGGUUCCCAGGCAGCUCUUUAAUGCUGGGCUGCAGGGACAGGUUCCUGUUCCUGCUGUAACAUUUCUGCUGGGUGAGACCUGGACCAGAGCCCAAGGGCUGCUCCUGCCUCGCUCCCCUCCCCUCCCUCCCAGCUCCCGUGAGACAGAGCCAAGUCUGGCUCAAGGCACUCUGAGGUUGGACAAAGGGAUGAGCUGCUCUUUACUUGUGAGGGUGGGGAGGCCCUGGCACAGGUUACCCAGAGAAGCUGUGGCUGCCCCAUCCCUGGAAG